AUUACGAAACUACCUUAUUACCCUAAUAUAAAAUCCAACCGCAAGGGAGCCUAGCUAGUUCAUCAUCUUCUCCGUCGAAGCCUCGAGCAUACAGGCUACAGCGGCGUAAAUCAUUUAAAGCCUGUCGAAGCCAUGGCAGUUGCAUUCUACAACCUUAACGCGGAGUCUGGCUUAAAGAAACUUGAUGAGUAUCUCCUGACUAGGAGUUACAUUACUGGGUACCAGGCUUCAAAAGAUGAUAUUACUGUCUAUUCUGCUCUUUCAAAAGCUCCUUCGACUGAAUAUGUGAAUGUUUGUAGGUGGUACCACCACAUUGAUGCUCUUUUAAGACUUUCUGGUGUUUCUGGAGAAGGCCAGGGAGUUAAAGUGGAAGGAUCAGUUUCCAUUACAGUGGAGUCCAUUGCAACUCCUCCGGUGGCUGACACAAAGGCAUCGGCURCUGAGGAUGAUGAUGAUGAUGUUGACUUAUUUGGUGAAGAGACUGAGGAAGAAAAGAAAGCUGCUGAAGAACGUGCUGCAGCCAUGAAAGCAUCAGGCAAAAAGAAAGAGUCCGGAAAAUCCUCUGUUUUGUUGGAUGUGAAGCCCUGGGACGAUGAGACAGACAUGAAAAAGCUUGAAGAAGCAGUGAGAAGUGUUCAGAUGGAAGGCUUGGUUUGGGGAGCCUCUAAACUUGUACCUGUUGGAUAUGGUAUAAAGAAAAUGCAAAUCAUGUUGACAAUUGUGGAUGAUUUGGUAUCCAUCGAUAACCUUAUUGAGGAUUACCUGACUGCUGAACCAGCAAACGAGCACAUUCAGAGCUGUGACAUUGUAGCAUUCAACAAGAUAUAGGGCGCUGGGCUUUCCCAGUGUGGRAAAUAGUUGAUGGCUACUAUAGCUUCAGCGGAAAUGCAUCUUCUAGGAGAUGUCUUUUUUCUAAGAAGUUAUUUUUCGUUAAAUUUCUUGUAAAACCUCUGAGUGAAACUAGUUUUACAUAAUGAAUUAUCAAGUAAACCAAUCUUUUCUUCUUUUUA